UAAUAUAUAGUUCCAUUCUGUUUUAUUGGAUUGAGUAAAGUUAGGUAAUUUUUUAUAAAUGUGUUUCUUUCUUACAUAUUAAAUACAUUUUAAUUAUAACGUAGACAAAAUGCAAGGUCUUGGUCUGCAAAGUCUUAAAAAAAAUCCAGCUUUAAUUCCACUUUAUGUGUGCGUUGGAGCGGGAGCUAUUGGAGCCGUCUACUAUAUGGCUCGACUUGCUACUCGUAAUCCCGAUGUCACUUGGAAUCGCACAUCAAAUCCCGAACCAUGGCAAGAGUACAAAGAAAAGCAAUACAAGUUUUAUUCGCCUGUGAGGGAUUAUUCCAAAACUAAGAGUGCUGCCCCAAACUUUGAUGAAUAAAUUACGUUUCCCUAGCAGCUGCAAUUUAAAAAUGUAAAAUGAAAUAACUUCAAAUUAUAAAUAAACAUAGUGGAUUUGAAAGCUUGUGGAAGCUACAGAAAGGAAGACUAAUUUGGAAUUCGCUGUCAUUAAAAAUGAAUAUUUUUUAUUCAUUUUAUGUCAAAAACACUUAUACCU